UUUUGUUUCAUACCCUUCUCCUCUUUACUUUCCCGCAAAAUCUGCCCAAUAUAGUCUCUCUCUGACCAAACCAAGAACAAGAACAAGAACAAGAACAAGUUGGGAGAAUUUCUGCCCAAGACUUCACAUCAUCUUCUUCAAUCAAAACAGGUCGUGAACAAUGGAGAUGAUGCGUCUUUUUAUCUCAGCAGUCUGUACGGUGUUGAGCUUUCUAGGCCUCCAAUUUUGGAUCGAACUUUCUAAUGUGAAACUAAAUUCAGAUGGUUUGAUCAUCGGUGAAAAUUAUGUGCACUUUUGUGUUGCCAAAUAUGCAGUGGAAAAUCCAUAUAUCAGUACUACUGUUUUGGUGCUCACAUUUAUCCUCAACGUUUAUACACUCAUCUUUAUAUCUCUUAAGACGAUAUAUUUUGUUGAACCUUGGAAAUUGGUGAAGCGACUCUUUAAGUAUGUUCUCUACAAGGAUUGUGGUUUACAUGGUUGACCAUAGUAUGCACUUUGAAGCUCUAGCUAGGGACCGGCUCGAACAGUUGAAUACAUCUUCUCCUAAUUAUGCAAGUCGUUGGAAUUACUUGGGUGUAUAUUCUGUUUUAUUGGUGGUUUUCACUCUCGAUGCAAUUUGGAUAAUGAUGUGUCUAGUUAUCUACCAAAUAAUACCAUCAUCUAUGUUUUUGUUAUUAUUCUUUGAGCCUCUUAGUAUUGCUUUCGAAACACUACAGGGCAUUCUGGUUCAUGGAUUUCAAUUGGUUGAUAUAUGGGCUCAUCACUCACGACGCAACACAACAAAUUCCAAACUAUUAACGCUUAUAGAUACGUCAGCAGCAGCAAGCAAGACUCUGUUUUUUGUUAUUCUACUAUUUUUAUUGCCUUCAUUUGCGUAUUCUAGACACGACUUUUACGGGCAGGUUCACAAUUGGAAUGGGGAUGGAAGCGUGUUAUAUUUCAGUGUUGUAAAAUACGACGGAUCCAAAUUGACUUAAAUAAUAUUAGCUCAAUGCGGAAUGAGAUCAAAAAUUAUCAAAGCGUAAUAAUCACAACGUAAUACGAAUAAAAUAAAUAGAAUAGAGACACAGGAAUUUACGUGGAAACCCAAAUCGGGAAAAAACCACGGGCGGAGGAAGCCGAGAAACAAUUCACUAUAAUUUGAAGUGUUUACAGGGAUUAUGAAAGAGAUUACAAAAUAGAGUGGGAGAGCUAAAAUACACGGUGG